GUUUUGGAAAGAAACUUCACAGAAAUUCAUCAGGUCAUGUUGCUGUUCCUGGUGCUGGCGUUGUCCUCACUGGUCCACUUAGCUCCGGUCGUGACCUCGUCCCUGCCACUGGACUGUGACGAUGUUUACAGCCUAAAAAUAAACUCUACGAAGAAUGUGUCUGUUCCCAGUGGUGUGUACACUAUUUACCCAGCAGGACCUCUUGAACCUGUGAAGGUGUACUGUGAUAUGGGCUGCAGGGAAAGCGAUGGACAUGAUAAUGGGAGAUGGACGGUAAUUCAGAGGAGAAUCAACGGCAGUGUGAAUUUCUACCGGACAUGGGAGACGUAUAAGAAUGGAUUUGGUAAUAUCAGUGGUGAAUACUGGCUAGGUUUGGAGAACAUCUUCAUGCUGACCAACAGCGAGAAAUAUCUGCUGAGAGUGGACAUGGAGGAUUUUGAGAAAGGCAGCGCCUACGCCCAGUACACUUUGUUCUACAUCAACUCUGAAUCUGAUAAUUACAAGCUGAACAUCGGAGGUUACAUCAAUGGGGGAGCAGGUGAUGCUUUGGCCUAUGUGAAUGGUAUGGCUUUUUCAACCUUUGACAAAGAUGUAACAGGAAGCUGUGCAGAAACUAACUUGGCAGGAUUCUGGUACUACUACAGCUGGUCAUGUGGUUAUGCUAACCCCAAUGGCUUGUACAGAUAUGGGACUGUGAACACAGCAUAUGGAGGCAUCAUGUGGCAGCCCUGGAAAGGGAACUACUACUCUCUGAAGACUAUCACGAUGAAGAUCAGACGGAUGACAUUGCAAGAUCUUCAAAAUAUCUAACUUUACUAGAAGAGUAGAAUACAGAGGAAGAAGUCUAAUAUCUCUGAUAUCUUUGAUUGGUAUCUUAGCUCUAUUACUUACAUUUUUAAAGAGAAUAUUUUUUUUUCUAGUACACACAUUUCUAGUACAAUAUGUUA